AUGUGUUUGGGGAGUGAGGCUGGGGAAAGGGUGAUGCCGGGAGAGGAGGUCCUCACAAGGACAGAGAUGGAAACAGGUGUGUGUGUGUGUGUUGGAGGUAAACAUGGGAGCGGUGAGCCGGACGAGGAUGUCCUGUUUCAGUCCCUCACACACACACACACACACACGUCCACCGCGUCACGGCCGGUGAAGGUCAGAGGUCAGCGGCGGUCCGGGCGGGCUUCUCUCUCCUCCUUCAUCACUGGGCCUCCUCUCCUCUCCUCUCCUCCGUCGCUGCAGGCGGGCGGCUCCAAGUCGGUGACUCUGCCGGAGUCGCUGCUCUUCGUGUCCACACUGGACGGCAGCCUGCACGCCGUGUCCAAGCAGUCCGGCGACAUCAAGUGGACGCUGAGAGAAGAUCCAGUGAUUCAAGUUCCGGUCUACAUCACCGAGCCCAGCUUCCUUCCUGACCCCAACGACGGCAGCUUGUACAUUUUGGGCGGGAAACACAAGGAGGGACUGAUGAAACUGCCCUUCACCAUCCCGGAGCUGGUGCAGUCGGCGCCCUGCCGCAGCUCGGACGGCGUGCUGUACACGGGGAAGAAGCAGGACGUGUGGUUCGUGGUGGAUCCAGAGACGGGCCAGAAGCAGACCAGGCUGACCACCUCCAGGUCCGAGUCCAUCUGCCCCAACAGCCCGCUGCUCUACAUUGGACGCACUGAGUACGUGGUGACCAUGUUCGACACCAAGACCCAGGAGCUGCGCUGGAACGCCACCUACAACGACUACUCUGCUCCGCCCCACGACGAGAAGCAGGACUACAAAAUGGCCCACCUAGUGUCCAGCGGCGACGGGCUGGUGGUGACGGUGGACCGCGAGACAGGCCACGUGCUGUGGAGCCAGAACUACGGCUCGCCGGUGGUGGGCGUGUACCUGUACUCGGGCGACUCGCUCCGACAGGCGCCGCACCUGUCGCUGGCCCUGGAGACGCUGCGCUUCCUCACCUUCUCGGCCCAGUCCACGCUCAAGUGGAGCUACCAGUUUGUGAAGGAGCAGGCCGUGGCCCAGACGCAGCUGGUGCCCACGCUGUACGUCGGCAAACUGGACUCUCACCUGUACGCCUCCACCUCCCUGGUCCACCACGGAGUCUCGCUGGUGCCUCGCGGCCUGACCCUGGCGAGGAUCGACGGCCCGCGCACCGAGGACGUGACGGUGGGCGAGCGCGGCGAGUGUGAGAUCACGCCGUCCACCGACGUCCGCUACCCGCCGGGCAGCGUCAACAGCCGCAGGAACCACUGGCUGUUCAUAGGCCACCACGAGCUGCCGCCGGUGGCUCACACCACCAUGCUGCGGGAGUUCCCGCCCAGCCUGCGGCGCUCCAGCGAGCCGGUCAUCCCCCCUGGACCCGCGUCCCCGGCGGGCGCCUUCCACCGCCGCCAGGUCCAGACGGUCAGUGGCGCGGGCGGCGGAGCCGGGGCUCGCGACCCCACCUCAGCGGAGCCGGGAGCCACCACGGCGCCACCUGGGUCCCUGAGCCGGGAGCAGCUGGCUCUGGCGGCCCUCACCCUGGUGCUGGCCGGGUGGCUGGCCUUGGUCCUCACCUACCCCUCGCGUUCGGCGGCUCGACGGCAGCUGGAGGCGGUGCUGGAGUCGCACCUGCGCCUCAUCCGGACGUCCCUGCAGCCCGAGGACGGCUCUCAGGCGCCCCCUGCUGACAUGCACGGGGACUCCAGCGGCGGCGGGUCCUCGCAGGCGGCGGACGCCAACGGCAGCGUGGAGCGUCUGCCUCCUGCAGGGGGCGACGCUGAGACGGUGCAGGUCGGCAAGAUCUCCUUCCGGACGUCCGAGGUGCUCGGGCACGGCUCCGCCGGGACCUUCGUGUUCAGGGGGAGCUUCGACGGGCGGCGCGUGGCGGUGAAGCGGAUCCUGCCCGAGUGCUUCCAGGUGGCGGAGCGCGAGGUGCAGCUGCUGCGCCACUCGGACGCGCACCCCAACGUCAUCCGCUACUUCUGCACGGAGAGGGACCGCCUCUUCACCUACAUCGCCCUGGAGCUGUGCGCCGCCACGCUGCAGCAGUACGUGGAGGACGCGUCCGGCUUCCCGGGUCUGGCGCCCAUCCUGCUCCUGCAGCAGACCAUGUGUGGCCUGGCUCAUCUGCACUCGCUCAACAUCGUCCACCGGGACCUGAAGCCCAGGAACAUCCUGCUGUCGGCGCCCGGGAGCCGGGGUGCGGUCCGGGCCCUGAUCUCUGACUUCGGUCUGUGUAAGAAGAUCCCAGACGGUCGCAGCAGCUUCUCCCUACGCUCCGGGAUCCCAGGGACCGAGGGCUGGAUCGCUCCGGAGGUUCUGAGGGAGUCUGGGGCCUGUAAACCAGUACGCUCUGACACACACACACACACACUCACGCUCGCACCCACUCACGCUUGUGUCGGGCAGACGGCGGCAGUCGACGUCUUCUCUGCCGGCUGUGUCUUCUACUACGUGGUCAGCAGGGGGCAGCACCCGUUUGGCGAGUCCCUGCGGCGGCAGGUCAACAUCCUGGCCGGGGAGUACUCCCUGACCCACUUCCGGGACGACAGACACGAUGACGUCAUCGCUCUGGACCUGAUCGAGCAGAUGAUCGGCGCCGAGGCAGAGUCGCGGCCCUCCACCGCCCGAGUCCUCAAGCACCCCUUCUUCUGGAGCCCGGAGAAGCAGCUGCUCUUCUUCCAGGACGUGAGCGACCGCAUCGAGAAGGAGCCGCCCAGCAGCCCCAUCGUGGUGCGGCUGGAGACGUGCGCCCGGGCCGUGGUGCGCACCAACUGGAGGAUGCACAUCUCCGUCCCUCUGCAGACGGACCUGCGGCGCUUCCGCACCUACAAGGGCAACUCGGUCAGGGACCUGCUGCGGGCGCUGAGGAACAAGAAGCACCACUACCACGAGCUGCCAGCGGAGGUGCAGGAGAGUCUGGGCCAGCUGCCCGAGGGCUUCGUGGGCUACUUCACCUCGCGCUUCCCGCGGCUGCUGCUGCACACGCACGCCGCGCUGCACGAGUGCGCGCACGAGCGACUCUUCCAGCAGUACUACCUGCCCCCUGCUGGCCGCUGAGGAGGCUGCGCCGCGUCGCUCACUGCCUGUGAGAGAAAUGCUUUCCACUUGACUUGUUCCCUUUUCGUUUCAAAAGAAAGUAAACCUCGUCUUUGCACUGAUUUUAGCCGGGAACUGAGGCAACGUGAAUGUGGUUCUGCAGCAAAGCUCAGCUGAAAAUAUUGAUUUUUCUGUGAAGUGUUUUAAAGCUUUUUUUUUUUAUAUCGUGUUUCAGUUUGUGUUGAAAGUGUUGGUUUCCCAACAAUGUCUUCGCCAUCAUCAGGUCCAACCCUGGAGCCCGAUGUAUGUGUGUGUGUGUGGGGUGGCGGGUGACCUUUGACCCCUCACUCAGGAUUCAGUGGGACACAGUUGACCCUGUGAAGUCGACUCUGAUGCUCCAUUCGCCCCAACUCCUGUUGACCUCUGACCUCAACCGGGUCUGGACCGGAAUCCGGUGCCUGACUGGGACUGUGGGGUUUCGGCGACUGGGGUAACCAGCUGGGACGUCAGAACAGAAGCAGCCGAAACCAAGACGGAACUUUCUCUGAGCUUCUACAGUGUUUUGAGGGCGGAAAAAAUCCGUCUGCAGUUUCACUACUGACCUGCGGGGGGCGACAUUUGUGAGCUUUUGAGCCUGUGGUGACGUCAUGUGGCAUUCAAUAAACACACUCUGAUGAUAGAA